AUGCGUGGUAACGACUCUGCGGUAGAGCUGUUGUCCGAGACAGGGACGGCGUCGGGCGCGUUGGCCAGGUCCGGCUCGGGCAGGUCGGUCUCGGCGUCGUCGGCCGCGGGUGCGUUGGCCGGCGCCGGAUCGACGUCGCGCGGGGACGACGGCAGCAGAAGCGGGUCGGCCGGAUCGCAGGGUGGAAGCAGGUCCGAAAAGAAGCGGCACAAGCGGCGGGGAAAGGAGAAGAGCAAAUACAAGCACAGAGGCAAGAGCAAGAGCAAGAGCAAGGCCAAGAGUAAGGACCGCUCGUCGAGAUCAUCGCGCUCGUCGCGGUCGAGGUCCAAGGCCAGGGAGAAGGAGUCAAGUGGAAGCGGGCUGACCGCAGGCAGAAAGGCCUCUUCGUCGCAGCUCGACUUUGAUCUUGGCGGCGGCGGUGGGCGCGGCCAGGGGCUGUCGUCGUCGGCGGCGCGGGCUGAGCUGGACAUGCUCCCGUUCACGGUGCUCCGUGAGGCAGACGUGACGGUCAUCGAGGCGAUUGAUGCCGGCGCGUUUGGCAUGGUGGCGCGCGGGAUGUACGGUGGACGCGAGGUGGCGGUCAAGAGCCUGCUCAACGAGGACCCGAGCCACGCCGAGCUCGACGAGUUCUUUAACGAGGUUGCAGUGAUGGCGCGGGUGUCGCACCCAAACGUGGUCGAGUUCAUCGGCGCCGUGGUUGACCUUCCGGUCAUGAUUGUGACCGAGUUCUGUGCCGGCGGCGAUCUCUCGGGUCUGCUGUUUGGCCCGGAGGCACGCGCGUUUGACGAGCUCGAGCUUGUGCGCGGCAUUGCGAGCGGCAUGGCUGCUCUGCAUGCUGCCAAAGUGGUUCACCGCGACCUCAAGCCAAAGAACGUGCUCCUCACGGCAGACCUUGUGCCCAAGAUUGCCGACUUUGGCUUUGCCAAGACGCGCGAGACCAUGUCGCGGCGGGCGGAGCAGUCGAUUGUGGGCUCGCCGUUCUACGUCGCACCCGAGGUGGUAGCGAGCGGGUGCUACUCGUCGCGGUGCGACGUCUUUUCUUACGCCUCGGUAGUGUGGACGGUCUACGCCAAGACCGAGCCGUUCUCCCAACAUGCCUUCUCCUCCAUGAUGGACAUGCUCACCGGAAUCUGCGAGCACGGCAUCCGGGCCGGCCCGAUCUCGCGCGACUGGCACAUCCUCAUCCAGGCCGUCAUCGAGCGCGGAUGGAACGCCGACGCCGACGCCCGUCCUUCAUUUGACGAGAUCGUCCAAGUCCUGAACGCCAUCUGA